UUUAUUCUAUUAAUUUACGCCUACGGAUAUGGGUAUUAAGGGAUUGUGGACCGUGUUAACACCUUACAGUGAGAAGAAGUCGUUACAUGAGAUACGUGGUGAAACUAUAGCAGUAGAUCUAUCAGGAUGGGUAUGCGACAGUCAAAAUGUUACAGAUUAUUAUGUACAACCAAAAUUAUACCUCAGAAAUCUUUUCUUCAGAACAAUCUACCUGUUAUUAGCAGAUAUAAAUCCGAUUUUCGUGCUUGAAGGUGAUGCUCCAGACUUGAAACGCGAUGUAAUGGCCGCUCGGAAUGCCAUUCAGUUCCGAGGUGCAGCACCUCGGUCUGAAGCUGCUGUUAAAAAUAAACGGCCAGAUGUGGGAAGGAAAAGGUUCAAAAAUGUUCUCAAAGAAUGUGAAUCGCUGCUGAAAUGCAUGGGUGUACAAUGUAUAAAAGGAAGAGGAGAGGCUGAAGCUACUUGUGCCCAGCUAAACGCCCAAGGUCUAGUGGACGCAGUGAUAUCGCAAGACUCGGACUGCUUCGCGUAUGGUGCGCGGCGCGUGUACCGCAACUUUAGCGUGUCGAGCGCGGCGGGCGGCGGCGCCAUGCAAGGUUCCGUGGACUGCUAUGACGCCGACAAGAUGUUGAGGGCUAACGGAUUUGGCCGCAAUAAAAUGGUGGCGCUAGCUAUGCUCUGCGGGUGCGACUACGGCGUAGGCGCAUGUGGAUCCUCGAUAAACACUGCCGUUGCAUUUAUUCACACUGUCGACGAAACAGACAUUAUUCCUAGGUUAAUAUCCUGGGUGAGUGACCCUGACCGCUACGAGAAGCUGUCCCGCUGGGCGACCGCACCGGGACGCUGCGACCGCUGCGGGCACGUGGGACGCACGCACCUCAAGAAUGGCUGUCCCGUUUGUGGCACUAACAAGGGAUGCAGCGACUUAGGACAUAAUGACCCUGACCGCUACGAGGAGCUGUCCCGCUGGGCGUCCGCGCCGGGCCGCUGCGACCGCUGCGGGCACGUGGGACGCACGCACCUCAAGAAUGGCUGUCCCGUUUGUGGCACUAACAAGGGAUGCAGCGACUUAGGACAUAAUGACCCUGACCGCUACGAGGAGCUGUCCCGCUGGGCGUCUGCGCCGGGCCGCUGCGACCGCUGCGGGCACGUGGGACGCACGCACCUCAAGAAUGGCUGUCCCGUUUGUGGCACUAACAAGGGGUGCAGUGACUUGGGACAUAAAGCAAAAGUAGCAGAAGUGAAGCGAGAGUUAUCGCUCCGCUCCCGCGCAGUUUCCUGCGGUAUGCCGUUCCCGGAACCAAAGGUUAUGAAGGAGUUCCUCAACAAUAUCCCGGAACAAAUAGACGUUGAACGCAUGAAGGCCACGCCUCCUAGUUUGAUACAAUUUAUGAAACUUAUGUCAAACAAACUAGAAUGGUCGGAGAAAUAUUGCGUUGAAAAAUUUCUACCUUUGCUCACCAAGUGGCAUCUUCAAGAAAAUGUACCUCGCAGAACAAUUAAACCUAUGGUUAUAAAAAAGAAAAGACACCCUAGAGGUGUCCCCAGCUAUGAAGUUAUUUGGGAGGAUAUAGAUGGCCUGUAUGAAGGCAUAAUACCAGAUGACCAGUUUGAUGAGGAUGCGGACCCACAGUCAGUAUGGACAACAAUAGAAAGGCAGGACCUUAUGCGCCAGUACUAUCCAGAACUCGUAGAAGCAUAUGAAGAGUCUAUCAAGAAACCACCAAAAGAAAAGAAGACACGAGCAAAAAAGAAGAAAGACGACAAUCAACCCGAGAAACCAAAGAGAAAAUACACUAAAAAGACUAAAAAAGUUAUCGAUACUGAUGUGGCCAAUCUUAGCGGUUCGUUCAGAAAUAUCGACUUAUCGACAAAAGCGUGUGAUCUCAACUCUAGCAAAGCCAACUUGAGCGUGUCGGUAAAUAGACUGAAAAGAAAACUGAAGACAAACUCAAAGAAGAAACAAAAGACAAUCGAGAGUUUUAUAGCCAAGAAACGCAAAAAGUCCAUAGGAAGUACAGUGAAUUCGUUGAGAUGUAGUCUUAAAAAUAUGUCGAUUAAGGACGCACCCGAGGACAUGUAUCGUGAAUUUUUGGAUGCAAAUUCAUUUCAGUGUGAAAAAAACCCCAUAAAAUGCGAUGAUAAAGAAAAUCAUCUGCUUAGUAUGUUAGACGCUACCAUAGACGAUGAUGACAAUGAAAAUGAUUUAUCCGAUAUCAUAGACAAUAUCGUCUCUAGAACAUCACACGCUAAAACUGCUAAAAUGAACAAUAAUUUAGUAAGACUUGUUUUCCAAAAUAAGUUUUCAACGCCUCGAAAAUCAGUGCUGCGGAAAAGUGUAUUGAAUGAAAUUCAUAAUCAUUGUUCUACGCCAAACGGUAGCCCGAUUAGAAGAAGUAGCUUUAAUUUUAAACAAAGUCUAAACAAUUCGCGACAAAGUAAAGUCAAUACAAGUUACUUCUUUGACAAAUUAACUGAAGAUCGUGAUGCUUUUGAAAUGUCCGUAGAAUAUAACAAAAGCGUUGUUUCAAUUAAAGACUGUGAUACAACCGUUGACUAUAGUUUACCUGAUGUUUGUUUCUAAAAUCGUGAUGUAUUAACAAAAUUCGUAAUAAAGUCGUAUAUUUUAUUA